AUGACAUCCGGUAGCUGCGCCUGUCGAUACAUUACUUACACAACCUCCAAACCCCCAACCUAUCUAGUCAACUGCCACUGCACAACCUGCCGCAAACAAGCCGGAGCACCAUACCAGACCUGGGCGUCUUUCUCAGCCGACGAUAUCAGAUGGACCACCAAGCCGACUGAGUGGCGGGCCACAGACACUGCCACACGCAGCUUUUGUCCACGUUGUGGCUCCAUUAUCACCAUGGUCCUCGAUCGUGAUCCGAUGAGUAUUGACGUGGCUGCGGGGACGCUUGCUGAAGGGGAGACACAGAUCCCGCCACCGAGUCGUCACAUUUUUCUCCAAGAGAAGGCGUCCUGGUAUCAUCUGCCGGAGGAUGGGGCGAAGAGGUGGGAUGAGUGGGCGCCCGGAUUAUCAUAA